GACAUUGACGCCCAGUCAUUGGUCACAGGUGGCAUCGCUCAGGCAACCCCUGGAGCUGGUUGGCCUUUCCGGUUCCACGUUUCUUUUUCAGCCUCCUGCUGGGUGUCUGGUGUCAGAGCAGCCAGCGCCAACUCGGUUCCGUGGUCGUGUUGCGCACUUGUCUAACUUCGGUCUCCAAGGAAGGCUCCUGAGCCUCUACCGUUCAUCCAACUCCGACACCGGCCGAACAAGUGGGCACUCACCGGGAAACUUUGACUCUCGUAAAAAGGGGUUUGAACAUGGCAGACAGCGAGGAGCAAGUAACUUCCACCACUUCCUUUGGAGAGGAACGGAUCCACGGAGCGGACCUCAACGGAGCGGACGACGUGAACGAGGCCGCGGCCAUAGAGCACUUCAACGUGGACGACAUCGUGGACCUGGUAGGGGGAGCUCAGGACGCCAUCGAGAGACACAUAGCAGAGGAAAGUGCGCUCAAUGAAGACCCUGAACUGUUCUCCUCUCAGCCGGAACCAGAACCAGAACCGGUUACUGUAUCCGAGCCCGUAGACGUGUCCAUGCCGGUAAUAAGUGAGCCUGAGCCCGCGGCCGAGACCGAAGAGUCGACCCCGGUAUCUGACGGUGUGGUUCUGUCGUCAGAAGAGCUGGUUGUCGAACCAGAGAUAACCAGCCCCCCCACCCCGGAACCCAGCCUCCCCACCCCGGAACCCAGCCCCCCCACCCCGGAGCCCAGCCCCCCCACUCCGGAGCCCAGCCUCCCCAGCCCGGCCGCCCCCCCAGCAGCAGCCGCCGCGCCUCCGACCAGAGAAGAGGAACCUUCCGUCGCUCCGGCAUCAUAUGAACCUUCUCUUCCCAUUUCUCUGCCCACUUCUCUGAUGCAUUUCCCUACAGCACUGGGACAGAAGGGUGAGUCCCCUGCUCCCAUCUCUCCCCUUUCUCCUCUGCACUCUCCCGACUCCCUGGAGGAGCUCUCUCUGACAGAGAGUCCUAACCAGCCCCCCUCCUCCUGGGCUGCUGCUCCGCUGGGCUCCUCGUCCGCCGCCCCCCAGGGCGCUCCUUGGGGCGGACUGGAUGACGCAAAGAACCCAGUGGAUCUGCUGGACCCCCUAGCCGGGCCUUACCUGAGCUUAGGGAAGGACCCGGAACUCCAGCCCAACUUGUGUGAAGACAGCGGGGUCUCGUUCUCACCUGAAGAAAAGCCCUUUGGCUCCUCCGGCCCCUCUCCCACCCAGCCCCAGAGGAUGGUCCCAGACUCCCCCUCUCCCACCCAGGCCCAUAGGAUGUUCCCAGACUCCCCCUCUCCCACCCAGGCCCAGAGGAUGUUCCCAGACUCCCCCUCUCCUACCCAGGCCCAGAGGAUGUUCCCAGACUCCCCCUCUCCUACCCAGGCCCAGAGGAUGGUCCCAGACUCCCCCUCUCCCACCCAGGCCCAGAGGAUGUUCCCAGACUCCCCCUCUCCCACCCAGGCCCAGAGGAUGUUCCAAGACUCCCCCUCUCCCACCCAGGCCCAGAAGAUGGUCCCAGACUCCCCCUCUCCCACCCAGCCCCAGAGGAUGGUCCCAGAGUCCCCCUCCUCCUGGGAGACCCAGCUCCCAGCCUCGGAAGACAAGUACAGGGUCACCAUGGAUACAGCCCCCAUCGGCUCAUCCCGAUAUCAGGUAGAUCUCCAUAGCAACGAGUCUGACGAAGAGGAUGAUUUGAUGUGCGAGAAGAAGAAUAACCCGUUUGACGGCUUCUCCCCGCUGGCGGACGCGCCCUACUCCCAUUUUGAGGAGGAUCUGUCUGGCUGCAGGGCCACUAAGGUGUCUGAGAGUCCUACCCCAGACCUGGUCCAGUACAGGCAGGCCGGAGACCCCCUAGGAAGCCUGCCGGCGGCCUUUGAUGAGGGCAAACCCUACGAGUCGAGCAAAACUGCUGCGGAGGCCUCUGUUCAGCUGAUGAGUCAGUACUCGUCUGCUCUGAAAGAAUACGAUGAUGAUGAUGAGGAAGAAGACUCUCCUCUUCCCCAGUCCCUACCAGACCUCCUGAAGUCUUCCCCUCUGAACCCGGACAAACCAGACUCUGGUUCUUCAGAAGGAAGUCCAGAGCAGAGUCCGGUCCUGGAGCGUCGGAUGAUGGAGUCUCCCAACCCUCCCAUUAACUUGUCGGCCAUUAACCCCUUCACGUUGGAUUCCAAAGUGUGCCUGCUGAAGGAGAUGGCGGAGGCGACGGAGGCCAAGUUAGCUGGCAAACCCAAAGCAGGAGAAGACCAAUUUUCCGGGGCCUUUGACCUCGUCAAGGAGGUGCAGGAAGUAUCUCCCGCCCGGGCCCGAGAGGAGGAGCCAGUCCAAAUUGAGCAGAAGGAUUGGUUUUCAAGUAUCGAUUCUCCCAAAAUGCCUGAGAAAAUCCAACCACUGAAUUUUGAAAGCAAGAAAACCCUGGCUGAGGAUUCGGACUCUGAGUCCCCAACGGCAGACUCGCUGUCUCCGGUUCUGGAGGCCAUGGCGAAGAACCCGGCCAGCUUCCAGGUGGAGUCUGAGAAGGAGGUGGAGCUGGCAGACGAGGUCUCGGAGCACGAGGUCUCCUCUGAGGAGUUUGAGUUCAUCGAGAGGCCAGCGCGGGGUGUCAUGGAUGAGUUCCUGGAAGCGUUCGAUAAUUCAAAGUUUGCCUCCUCCAAGGUUCCAGAGAUCCCUCUGGAUGAUGAGCUUAGCUUUGAGAAGAAGGAAAUCACUUGUGCAAAAUUACCUACACCAAUAGAGGAGAAGGAGGUUCCCAGCGAGGGCUCCUAUCUUCUCCUCACCCAGGAGACCUCAUUAGCACAGAAGAACAAGGCAGAGCCGGAGAAGGUGGCUCUGGACAAGCCUCCAAGCCCAGCUACUAGCCCCCAGGCCCUCCCCAGCAAGCCCACAGAGGGCGUGGCUGAGAAGAUGACAGGGGCCAUUAGACUGUUUCAGAUGCCCAGCCUGAAGAUGGAAACAGUGUCCGAGCUGCUGUACUGGCGUGAUGUGAAGACCACGGGGGUGGUGUUCGGUGCGGCGCUGCUGCUGCUGCUGUCCCUCACGGCCUGCAGCAUCGUCAGCGUGGCGUCCUACGUUGGGCUGGCGCUGCUCUCCGUCACCGUGGCCUUCAGGAUCUACAAGGGCAUCCUGCAGGCCAUCCAGAAGUCUGAUGAGGGACACCCCUUCAAGCUGUACCUGAACCAGGAGGUGGCGCUUUCUGAGGACGUGGCCCACCGAUACAGCGACAUGCUGCUUUCCCGCAUCAACAGGGCCGUGGUGGAGCUGAGGCGGCUCUUCCUCGUGGAUGACCUGGUGGACUCCAUUAAGUUUGCUGUUCUCAUGUGGAUCCUGACCUACGUUGGUGCAUUCUUCAACGGACUAACGCUCCUCAUUCUGGGUCUGGUGGCCGUGUUCAGCUGCCCCAUCAUCUAUGAGAAGCACCAGGCGCAGAUCGACCACUACGUAGCGAUGGUCAGCGGCCGCAUCACGGACAUCGUUGGAAAGGUCCAGGCGAUGGUUCCUGGCACCAAACGCAAGGCGGAGUAGGGGACGGACGGAGAAGCAGAGGUGGUGGAGGAGAGGCGGUGGAGGAGGAGAAGAGGAAGAGAGGCGGAGGUUUUCAUUUGUCAACUUGUUCUGGGUUCAGGAUUGUUUAGUGUUCUUUGGAGAGCUGACCUGGAGUUUGAAUCCUUCAUCAAACCAACACUGAUCUGAUGCCUUGCUCAUAAGACAUUCAAAUCACCCGUCAUCGACCCCUGACCCGGGCCUGGUGCAUCCUGGGAGAUCCGGCCAGCUGGACUAUGUUUUAGUUUUUUUCCACCAAGUUGAGCAAAGAGCCGUUUUAUUGUGGUGGGGGGGGGGUGUUCAUGUUGUUGUGAAGGUGGGGUGUCUAGUAUUGUGGGGGGGAGGGGUCUACAGUGUUGUGAGGGUGGGGGGGGGGGGGGGGGGGGGUUGUUUUUUUAAGUUGAUGAUUUGACGUCAUUUGCUGAGGCGUCCCCUACCCUGGCUCCUCCCCUCCAACCUCUGGCCCUGUCUGAUUUGUCAGUGGGUGGGCAAGGAGGGGUGUGUGGGCGGGACUUCUACAUUAGCACUUCAUUCGCUUCUCAGUCCCAAGCUUGGGAUAUGUCAUCGCAGCCAUCGCGUAUCAAACAUUUGGUGAACUGGUUUACAAGCAUAUUAAAGUUAGAACAGUGUGGAGCCCAUAUUUAACGCUGCAACGUAACUCAAAAACUUAUUUGUUAUGCAAGUAUUUGUGAAUGAUGUUCAUACUUCACUAGUGUCCGUAGCGCCGUGUCUGUGGAAUGCAUUGUGAGACGUAAACGAUUACAAUAAAGCUUGGAAAAUGA